AUGCCGAGCAGCGCCGAGCUCCUCGCCAGGCUCUCCGCCGUGAUAAGCCCCCGCGCGGGGUCCGCCAGCAGCCGGAACCCCCCGCAGAGCUCCUUCACGAACUCCUCCGCCUCCAGCUUCUCCGCCAUGGCCCCCAUCAGGUCCUCGUACACCUCCUCCGCCAUCGCCCCUCCUGUCCUGCCCUGUCCUUCUCCCUCCUCUCCCCCCUCCUCUCCCUUUAAUGGCCACACAUGUCGGCAGCGAUUCCUCCGCGGAGAUCUGUCGCCGGUGGGAGUUGGGUGGCGUCAACUGGAAUGGAUGAUGACUUUUGGGUGCGUUCCUUCUGUGGCUUCCUGGAAGCUUCGUGGGGAUUCUCCUCCCCUCCCCACCGAUACAGUCGCCCUCUUCCUCUUUCAUCAUCUCCAUCUCGUGUGGACGUAGCCAUCGUCUCUACCCACCUCUCCCAAGCUCUGUCUGAUUGAUUAGCCCUCCUAUCCACGGCAUCUACCUCCGCCUCCUCUCCCUUGUCGUGGCGCAGUUUGCUGUCCUCGUCUCCCUCUCUCUCUCUCUCUCUCUCUCUCAAUUUUAGUAAUAUGUAUAUAUAUAUAUAUGUACAGACAUGUAUGCAGGAUCUAGCCAUAGAGGUAUCAUUACAGAGAGAGAGAGAGAGAGAGAGAGAGAGAGAAGAUGGGUAGAGAGAUUAUCUAGGGAAUCAUGCAUUUUUAAAUAAUAAAUGCGUAUUACAGUAGAUGUGAACCCGUGGUCAAGGAUGUCGAGAUGUUUCGCUCAUCAUUUUGCUCGUUUGUUGACAUGGACGUGGGCAAAGAAUUCAGGGGCAUUUCUCUAAUUAUUGGGGCUACAUUGGCCUGAAAGCUAUUUUCUGUAUAAAGUUUAUUUUAUUUAUUCCUGGGGAUGGGAUUUUCUAAUUGCCUGACGUGUUCGACAAGGAGGGAGAUGGGCCUUCUUAAUGGGCCACAAGCUUGACAGUUAGUGGGCGGAUCGGGUGGACCCCAAGAUAGGAGCGGAGAUAAUGGGUUGUGGACUGUUAGUGGGCCGUUAGGGCAAAAACGAAGAAGCCCAAGAAUUACAGCUCCACCGGUGGAGAGGGCGUCCGCAGUGGAAGCGUCGUGCGGUUCUGCCAGGUGCAGUGGAGGGCGACCGAAGCCAGUCCGGGGCAAGGAAAACUAG